CAAGUGUGUGUGUGCGUGUAUGUGUUUCUCUCUCUCUCUGUCAGUGUCUCUGUGUCUCUCUGUCUCUCUCUCUCUAUCCGUCUCUCUCUCUAUCUCUUUGUCUCUCUAUCUCUCUGUUUGUCUCUCUCUGUGUCUCUCUGUCUCUCUAUCUGUCUCUCUAUCUCUUUGUCUCUCUCUCUCUGUUUCUCUCUCUCUCUCUCUCUCUAUCUGUUUUUCUCUCUCUCUCUCUCUCUCUGUUUCUCUCUCUCUCUCUCUGUCAGUCCCUCCUCGCUGUCGACAGGAUAUUGUGUGAAAGCAGCCGCCCCUCCUCUUCCCGAGGGGAGGUGCAGAAUGGGAGACGUGGGGGAGUCGAUGAUCCUCACACCUGCAGCGUCAUGGACCCGAGGUCGGUCGCUCUGGAGCUGCUGGGGGUGCUGGUGUCGGGGGGGGCCUGGCUGUGCUCGCUGGCGACCACUCUGAUGUCCACGUGGUUGACUCUGUCCACGGAGCUGCUGCCCAGCCAGAGCUUUGAGCUCGGCCUGUGGGGGACGUGCGUGGUGCAGGACCUGGGGGGGCUGGAGUGUCGACCCUACCACAGCCUGUUGGGUCUCCCCCCCGACAUCAAGCUGGCCCGGAUCCUGAUGUGCGUGACGCUGGGCACCGGGCUGCUCGCCGUGCUGCUGGCCAUCCCCGGCCUGCAUCUGGUGAAUGGCUGCGGCGGCCAGAGAGAUGGCCUGAGCUGUAAGAGGAGCCUGAAGGCGGCGGCGGGGGGGCUCUGCCUGCUGGCCGGCUUCCUGGGACUCGUCCCCGUCUCGUACAUCGCCCACCUGACCGUGGUCCGCUUCUUCGACGAGUCGGUGCCGGACCUGGUGCCUCGCUGGGAGUUCGGGGACGCGCUGUUCUGCGGCUGGAUGGCCGGGGUCCUGCACCUGGUCGGGGGAGCGCUGCUGCUGACCUCAUGUCUGCGUCUGAGGAGACACAACUGUCUCGGCCCCGGAGCGACGGGGACGGGGCCAGGACGCCGCCUCGUCAGGUCCGAGUACGUCUGA